AUGGCGCCCGCAGCAACUGGAGCCAAGAAGCAGAAGAAGAAGUGGUCCAAGGGCAAGGUCAAGGACAAGGCCCAGCACGCUGUCAUCCUCGACAAGGCCAUCAACGACAAGCUCCAGAAGGAUGUCCAGUCCUACCGUCUGGUCACAGUCGCCGUCCUGGUCGACAGACUGAAGAUCAACGGCUCAUUAGCACGGAGGGCUCUCGCGGAUCUGGAGGAGCGGGGUGUGAUCAAGCAAGUCAUUUCGCACAGCGCUUGCAAGGUGUACACUCGCGAAAUCGGUGGCGCCGAGUAG